GGAACACACAGUUCCAUCUAGUGACGUGAAGGGGUUACAUCAAACAUGGCUAUGAGAUUUGUGGUGUCAUUGGCUCUUGCAGCCAUCGUCCUAGCUGAUAAACAUCCUCAUCCUAGACCAUCCUAUCACCCCCAACCUUCCUACCAUCAACCAUCCUACCACCAGCCUUCCUACCAUCCGCAACCAUCCUACAAACACCACGAGCCUGCAGUGCCAGCCUGCGCCGCCAACACGACCAAACCCUGGUGCCUUGAAGAUGCCGAGUAUCCAACCUACGAGAUCAAACACGCAGCUGAAUACCACUACGAAAAGGUCUUGUCUGUUUACGCCGACGUAGCCGACCUCAACACAGCACUGUCUGUGAACCGACCCAAGACCCUGGCGGAGGAGACCUACCUCUGCCCCUCCGAGACCGCCUACGUCAGACCACUCCGCGCCGUCAACACCGAGGGCAAGUGGAGAGUCAUCGUCAACAACGUCGACGUCCACUACGAGACUCUCACCCAGACCACACGCGUCGAAGAGUGCCUAACCGGAGGCGACGCCUGCCCUCUGGUGCCCGAGUGCUACGACUCCAAGUGCCUGCAGAAGUCCAUCUACCACCGCUUCCUCGUCUACGACCCCUACGACCAGUACUUCCCCUUCGCCAUCGAGACCUUCAAACUGCCCGCAAGCUGCGCCUGCCUCUUGGGCGCCUUCACCAUCGACCACUAAGAAAGCCAUUGCGUCCACAAAUCUCUCGCCUCGAAUGAAUGACCAAAUGCAAGUCAAGGACCUCACCUACUCUUUGUGAAUCUUACGUCUUCUCUCGCCAUCUUUAACAAGACCUGAGAGCACAAGCGGGUUAUACAAAACUCUACAGCAACUCUUAUAUUUCUCCUGAAGGUUGCUUAGAUCCCAAGGGUCCUCUGGCAUGACGCCGAGAAGAACUUGCCGCGCUGGUUGACCGAAAGGUUCCUGCGCAUAGUUUUUCACCCAAAUUAGUCAAAAAGAACCUGAAACAAACGUGAAAGAAAGCAGUUCUCUAGUCAUCUCACUGUGAUAGUCUAAAUAACUUCAGUGCAUUAUUUAUGAAUCGAAAGUUGUAUUUAUCAAACGUAACUUCAGAAUUCGCAACUCGCGUGGAACUAAUAAAAAAGCAAAUCGAA